AUGCACCUGUUCUCACACGCAGUCUUUCUGUUGCUCGUCUUCCUCGGGUAUCGGCGUCAACACAUGAGCAGCCCCGGUGUGGUUCGAUGCCCAGUCCUCGAUCCCGACACUUCAUGCCUGGCUCAACACCGGAGCUUCGACAACUGGCGACCCCGCCGUGAUCAUGUGGCUCAGCCCGGUUCCCCAAGAGCGCUGACUAGAAGACCUCACGCAGCGUAG